UUUUCCGUUAAAGUUAAUGCCUUCCUCUAAAUCUGUCUGUUAACUGUGAAAAAAAAAUAGGGAUAAUAAAAGGAACAAAAAUCACUUUCUUCUGCACUCCCUUACCCAUCCCCCAAAAUCCAGUUAAGCUUUUUCCUACUUCUCAGAUUUGUGUGCUCCUUUCGUUUUGUCCGAAUGGGGAUUUCGAUGAUUCGUGCCUCUGAUGGGGAUCUCAUUUUCUCCUUUCGAAUGGGGCAGCCUUGGUGCCAAAACUGCGACGACGUAGACAACCUGCGGCCUAAUAAUCAUCGCGAGGCGAAGGCUAAGGCUGGGAAGGAUAGUAGAGGCCACGAAGGGAAAGGAGGGUCAUCGAUGAGGCCGCAGUCCGUAGAAGGCGAGUACGUUGGAGAUUUGGAUCCCUAUAGUGGUUUGUUCGAUGACGAGCAGACAAAAACUCUGGAAAUUAAGGAGCACCUCAAAGAUCCUGACCAGUCUGAUGAUUCUUUGGUUGAAUUGCUUCAAAGUCUAGCGGACAUGGAUAUAACAUUUCAGGCACUCAAGGAGACUGAUAUAGGAAGGCAUGUGGAUCGAUUGCGAAAGCAUUCAUCAAGCGAUGUCCAGAGAUUGGUGAAGCUAUUUGUUAGGUUUUGA